GCUUGUCCAGCCACAAGACGCCAACGGCUGCCGUUUUCUUCUCUUCUCAUUAAUUUCAUUUCCAUCCGUGGAAUCGUCGGGCACUGCGACUCUGUGCAACUCUGUCAGCAGAGCGAGCGAGUGUGAAGGCGAGUGAGUCCGGUCGUCAGUUCUACGACAGAUCUUCUCAGCACAGUCAGACACCGAGCAAAUCAUUAGAACAGGCCGACUGCCCGAGAGAAACAGCCGACCGCCAUGCUACGCAAAAAGGAGACCUUUACCGUCAUCACGCCCAUUCCGGGCUUCAUCCCACGCCAGCUCGCGCUCGACAUUCUACACUCCCACUCCGAGGUCAUCACCCUCAACCCACUCGUCCUCCGCCACAAACCUAUCCCCGCACCCCAGACAGCCGCCGCCGAUGAGUACUACAGCACCUGGUACGAGAUCACGGAGCGCGUGCAGGUCGUGCCGGGCGUGGGCAGGGCGGGCAGCAAGGAGACGACGUUCCAGGGAUGUUUCCACGACAUGCCUUGGGGUCUGCAGACACACAUCUACGCCAUCCUCGGCAUCGACAUCCGCAUCCGCUACCGCGUGGGCGGCAAUCAGCCUGGCUUUGAGCCCCCCGAGCAGCGCGAGCUGGGGCAGGCCGCGCAGGCCAUCCCCGCCGAGGGUCUCUACCUGCGCGAGGACAUUGAGAUCAAGUGCAACAUCAGCCUCGUGUCCUUUGUCAAGUCGCAGCUCAAGGCGGCCAGCAAGGAGAUGGUCGACAGGAUCAUCCGCAAGGCCGAGCUGCUCGACGCCGGCACGCUGCAGGCCAUGAUGACGGCGGAUGGCAAGCUCAAAACGGUGAACCCCAACGAUCGGUCCCAGGGCGCUGGCGCGGAUGCGGGAGGGACAGGGCCCUUGCUGUCGCCUCGUCUGCCGUACCAACGCUCGCCCUCGGCGCCGCCCUACGCGCACGUCCAGAGCGCGGCGUCCCCGGAUGGAAACUAUCCCCAGUCGCCUGGGCAGUACUAUCAGUAUCACGGGCAGCCGUCGCCUGGGCAGUUGUCUCCCGGGCAGUUGUCUCAUGGGCCGCCAUCUCCUGGGCCACCGUCCCCUGGGUAUCCGUCAUCACAGUACGGGCAACAGCAGCAGCAGCACAUGCAGAGACACCCGGGCCAGGCGUCGCCACAGCCUAUGGAGUUUCCCGCUGAGAUGGGCGAUUCACGCCAGCAAUGGAGUCGGUCGCCCAUCCCACAGCAUCAGCAGCAGCAGCAGCAAGGAGGGUACUAUCAAGCAGGAUACCAGCAGGAUCAGCAGUGGGCGAACACGCAGAAGACGGAGUAUGCGCAUGCGCAGCAGCAACAACAACAGCAACAGCCUGCGACGACGUUUGCUGCUGAGCUGCCCGCCGAGGAAGUGAAGCGAUAGGAGCAGCGAGGAUAAUUCGAUUGGGUUAGGUCAUCUUUCGCGAGGGCAGCAGCUUAGGCGUCGGCGCAGCGGGGAUUGUGU